GGGAAACAAAAUUUGUCGUCAAAGCUACAAUGUCCUGUUGUUGAAAAUAGCACGCUCUAGUUGCAAGAGCUGUGAUGAGAACACAUUUGAAGGUCUCAUUUGUCACCUUAUGCCCGUCCAAUCAAUCUCUCUGGUUAUUGAAAAUGAAAACCAGGGAGAAGAUUUGGUAUCUGAUCAGUUUUCAUCGUUCCAAUCCUGAUUGGAAUGUAGAGUCUUAACUGCUGUGAUAGAUUUAAAAAUGCGUUUUCGCAUCAGAGAGGAAAUUGUCUGCGCUUUUGAUUAUGGUAGCGUUUCGAGGAUCACUUGAUAAAGACAAAAGUGCUUAGAGUGACUGACGUCAUUAUUCGCGGGCAAAAGCUUGUCGAUAGCAAGUGUAUAGAAACUCGGUCGAGUUGCAAAAUCCGUCCGAAGAAAUCAGAGUAACAAAAUGACGAAUCACGAAGAGCUUCCGGUCCCGGUUUACGAUACAUUGGAGCCUGUCUACGGCGAAGGAUCUCAGCUUGAAGAAGCUCGGAUUCGUUUUGACAAUUUGAAGUCCAAGUUUCUCACUAUUUUCGGCCACCCUCCUGAAGUCUGUGCUCGAUCACCAGGGAGAGUGAACUUGAUCGGGGAGCACAUUGAUUAUGAGGGAUAUUCGGUGUUGCCCAUGGCAAUUCGGCAAGAUACAAUUGUGGCCAUACGGAUAAAUGAGGACGAAAGGAUCAUUAGGGUUGCUAAUGUAAAUGAUGAGAAAUACACUACUUGCACUUAUCCUGCUGAUCCUAACCAGGAACUCGACUUGAGGAAUCACAAAUGGGGCCAUUAUUUUAUUUGUGGGUACAAAGGUUAUUAUGAUCAUGCAAAACUCAAAGGAGUGGAUGUUGGUCAGCCCAUUGGGCUUGAUGUCCUUGUUGAUGGAAUAGUUCCAACUGGUUCUGGACUAUCAAGCUCUUCAGCACUUGUUUGUUCCUCCUUGAUUGCUAUUAUGACUGCAUUUGGUGUUAACUUUCCGAAGAAACAAAUUGCGCAAGUUUCAUGUGAAUGUGAAAGACAUGUGGGAACACAAUCUGGGGGGAUGGAUCAGGCAAUCUCUGUCAUGGCCAAAAUUGGAUUUGCAGAGCUUAUUGAUUUCAACCCUCUUCGGGCAACAGACUUGCAACUUCCAGCUGGUGGGACUUUUGUUAUAGCCCAUUCUUUGGCAGAGUCUCAAAAAGCUGUCACUGCGGCUAAAAAUUAUAACAAUAGGGUCGUUGAAUGCCGUUUAGCUUCUAUAGUGCUUGGUAUAAAGCUAGGAAUGAAACCAGAAGAGGCAAUAUCAAGAGUGAAAACAUUGUCUGAUGUUGAAGGGUUAUGCUUAUCAUUUGCUAACAGUCACAAAUCUUCUGAUCCUGUUCUUGCUGUCAAGGAAUUUUUGAAGGAAGAACCAUAUACAGCUGAAGAAAUUGAGAACAUCACUGAGGAAAAACUUGCCUCAUUUUUUAGCAGCAACCCUGCUUAUUUGAACGUGGUAAAAGUUGCUGAGCACUACAAGUUGCAUCAGAGAGCCACCCAUGUUUAUUCAGAAGCGAAGAGGGUACAUGCUUUCCAAGAAAUCGUAUCAUCAAAUUUAAGCCAGGAGGAGAUGCUGAUGAAGCUUGGUGAUCUUAUGAAUGAAAGUCAUUAUAGUUGCAGUGUUCUAUAUGAAUGCAGUUGCCCAGAGUUAGAAGAACUUGUAAAUAUUUGUCGCGAAAAUGGUGCUCUUGGGGCUAGGCUUACAGGAGCUGGAUGGGGAGGUUGUGCAGUUGCUUUGGUGAAAGAAAGCAUGGUUCCACAUUUUAUCCUGAAUUUGAAGAAACAUUUCUACCAGUCUAGGAUUGAGAGAGGCAUCAUCACAGAGAAUGACCUUGACCUCUAUGUAUUUGCUUCCAAGCCAUCAAGUGGAGCUGCCAUUGUGAAGUUUUAGCUUUUUAUCAGAUCUUAAAAGUGAUUUGGAAAAACCAAAUCGACUCAAAAACUCACGCUAGAACUAGAAUUUGAGUAGGGCUUUUCACUGGACAUGAGUCGCAUGACCUAAAAGAGAAAAAUGAAGUUUAGCGUUGAUCUCCCUAAUCCCUUGUGAUCAAACAUCAACCAACGAACGAUAUGAGAGGAGUACAUUUGUGCAAGUCA